AAGAUGCCCAGUCAACUUCCUGCAGUGCAUUCUGGGAACGUAGAUUUCACGUCUACUGGUAACCUGGGAUUCAUCCACGCCUUUGUAGCUGCAAUAUCUGUGAUCAUCGUGUCAGAGCUGGGGGACAAGACUUUCUUUAUAGCUGCCAUAAUGGCAAUGCGGUACAACCGCCUGACUGUCCUGGCCGGGGCGAUGCUUGCCUUAGGGCUGAUGACCUGUUUAUCAGUUUUGUUUGGAUAUGCCACCACAGUCAUUCCCAGGGUGUAUACCUAUUAUGUAUCAACUGCGCUGUUUGCAAUAUUCGGGAUUAGGAUGUUGCGGGAGGGACUGAAGAUGAGCGCUGAUGAAGGGCAUGAGGAACUGGAGGAAGUUCAGGCUGAAAUCAAGAGAAAAGACGAGGAACUUCAGAGAACUAAACUCCUCAAUGGAUCUGGGGACGUGGAAACUGGAGGAGGACCCACCAUUCCCAAGAAGAGAUGGAUGCAGUUCAUCUCUCCAAUAUUUGUCCAAGCGUUCACAUUGACAUUCUUGGCAGAGUGGGGGGAUCGAUCACAACUAACAACAAUUGUGUUGGCAGCCAGAGAGGAUCCUUUUGGUGUUGCUGUGGGUGGCACCAUUGGCCAUAGUCUAUGUACUGGUUUAGCGGUUAUUGGAGGAAGAAUGAUUGCACAGAAAAUUUCAGUUCGAACUGUGACGAUCAUUGGUGGAAUCGUGUUCCUGGCCUUUGCCUUCUCAGCGUUAUUUAUAAGUCCAGACUCUGGUUUUUAGUGCUUUUUUUUUUCUUCUUUUUUUCAAGACAUCAUUGUGGAAAGAGACUCCUUUUUGUACUGUAGUUCUGUAUAUAAUGUACAAUUGUAGCUAUGAGGAGAUGUCCACUGUACAGAAUCAUUCAAUCCAAUUGUCUUUUUAUGUUCUCUGAGGUAUUGUUUUAGGGUUUGGUUUUCUUGUAAACAGCUUUACUGAGUUAAGGCUACCUCCACUUUAAUGUUCUUUUGGAAAAAUGUAUUUAAGCUACAUUGUGUAAGAAUGUAUUAAAGGAUGAGUCAGCCUCUUAGCCAUUGCUUCAUACCCACCCUCACCAUUCUCCCUGUAACUAUUGUGCAGUGAAUGUGCACAGUACUCCCUAUCCAUGUUGUCAAUAUUUGACAUUAGGCCUGAUCAGGCUGGGUGACCGUGGGAGCUGAUUUGUUCCUGAAUAUAAAAUACUUUCACUUCAGCAUAGGAAAAAAAAUAUAUAUGUGAAAAAAGUGGUAUGUUAAAAUUGUGUAUUGCCAGUGUGUUUCUGAAACAAUGUUUUACUUCACACUACAGCACAGUACUCUGUUCGUUUUGAUGAUAUAGAAGAGAUUAUGGCUUGGUUUUAAACCGUUCUAUUUGGAUUUCUCUUCACCGUCUGUCAUUGGGCUGUUACACCAAGCACUGUAAAUACACUUCCAAACUGUACUGCAUCUGCAAUGUAAAGAAACACCAGUUAUAUUUGAUAGCCCACUGGACAUGAGGAUCCUGCAGUUUAUAUAAGAUAACUCUCCAAGAGCAAUACUUGAAAGAAAAGAGAAAGACCUAUGUUUCUCUGCUAGGAUGGGUCAGUGGCUAUCUGCUUAAUUCAGAUAGAACACACAGGUACUGUAGACACUCAUUCGUUUAUUCAAACUCCAGACGUGUAAAAAUUGCUUACAUUCCUGCAGUUGUGUGACAUAUUGCUGUAAACCACUAAGUAUCUGCUGUGUCUCAGGUCAAUGAAAGCAAGGUCUAAUGGCAGUCUGAUUAUAGUCACUCCCAAUGACGGUGGGUUUAUCAAGAAUAUACAUCGGCUUAAGCUACCUAUCUUUAUGUAAACAGCAUAUUAAAAACAAUCUUGUGGGACUCUUGCUUGCAUGAAGAUGAUGAAAUCAGCCCAGUAUGCAUAUGUGUCCCUUUGCUAACUUUGGGGCAGAUGUAUGAAGCUUGAAGAAGUAAUAAAGUAGUAAUACAUGGCAGGUAAUAAUGCACAAGCCAAUCAGCUCCUGACAAUUUACAUAUUGGAGCUGAUUGGCUGGUGUGUUAUCACCUUGCACUUAUCACUUCUCCAGGCUUAAUACAUCUGCCCCUUUGUGUCAGUUGCCCCUCCAGGAAAGAGACCACUGCAGCGGCACCAAGACCUAUUUGCAGAUUCUGUGCCAAUAGAAAUGUACAGUACUCGGCCACGGUAAAGUUGUUGAGGCGUUUCAGUGUAAUUGCAGUUUCUUCAGAAAGUUCCAACUGUUUCACAGCAGAUAUAAGUUUAUAGCAAAAGUUUAUAUAAUUUUAGAAAUUUAAGCAAGUUUUACUGAUUUUUGUUUAAAUAAAUGAGAAUUUUCCUAAACAUUAGCCUGUUCUAUAUGAAUUAAGGCGCUAGUGAGGGUUUUUCUCUUUUUACCUAAUGCAUGUACCCUGCCCACGCUAUGAAGAUAUAUCCACAGAAGCCAUAGUAUUUUACAUCAGUGCUUGUUAUGUGUUCAUAACUCCUAGUCCAGAUCUAUUUACAAAUCACCACCUGGAGUUUCUGCAUUAGUAGAAUGUGUUAUAGGCCCUACACACAUGCCGAUUUGUUUGAAAGAUAUGAAUGAUCUCGUUUAUAAAUGAACGAGAACUCGUUCAUAUCUUUCAGUGUGGAGGCUCCAGCGAUGAACGAUGCGCGGCCCCGUGCUCGUUCAUCGCUGGUCCCCCAUCGGCUGUGCAUGCAGGCCAAUAUGGACGAUCUCGUCCAUAUUUGCCUGCACUUCAAUGGAGCCGCGUGACGGGGGGAGUGAAGAAACUUCACUCCCCCCGUCACUGCCCCCCCGCCGCCGGGUCGGUGGCGGAUCGGCAUGUCUGUAGGGCCCUUUAGGCUGUCCUGGUGGUACUCACCCCUUUCAGUAUCUCCCAGACAGUAGUGACAUGGAUAUAGAACCUCUUACUAUUCUAAAUGAAAGGGCGAGUUAUAGAAAUGUGCAAGAAUUAGAUUACAUGAAUUGUUCUGAAGUGUACACAUUGGAUUCUUUUUUAUAAUUUUACUACACAGUAUACAUUUUUUUAUUAUGUGUAAGUCUACACACAGGUGUAGCAGCCAACUUCUGAUAAAUAUCAACUUUCUUUCCACCUUAAAUAGACAUUUCAGUUGUUAGGCCAUGUUUCCCAUCAUGCACCAGUGCCAUGGAGAAAAGUGGCAUUACAGUUUUUUCUGUAUGACCUCUACUGUAGAGGGAGAUAGGUACUGUAAUGGAAAUGUUUUUCUCUGACGUCCUAGUGGAUGCUGGGGACUCCGUAAGGACCAUGGGGAAUAGACGGGCUCCGCAGGAGACUGGGCACACUAAAAGAAAGAUUUGGUACUUCCUGGUGUGCACUGGCUCCUCCCUCUAUGCCCCUCCUCCAGACCUCAGUUAGAUUUCUGUGCCCGGCCGAGCUGGAUGCACACUAGGGGCUCUCCUGAGCUCCUAGAAAGAAAGUAUAUAUUAGGUUUUUUAUUUUACAGUGAGACCUGCUGGCAACAGGCUCACUGCAACGAGGGACUAAGGGGAGAAGAAGCGAACCUACCUGCUUGCAGCUAGUUUGGGCUUCUUAGGCUACUGGACACCAUUAGCUCCAGAGGGAUCGACCGCAGGACCCGUCCUUGGUGUUCGUUCCCGGAGCCGCGCCGCCGUCCCCCUUACAGAGCCAGAAGCAAGAAGAUGGUCCGGAAAAUCGGCGGCAGAAGACUUCAGUUUUCACCAAGGUAGCGCACAGCACUGCAGCUGUGCGCCAUUGCUCCUCAUACACACUUCACACUCCGGUCACUGAGGGUGCAGGGCGCUGGGGGGGGGCGCCCUGAGCAGCAAUAAUAUCACCUUGGCUGGCAAAAUAACCACAAUAUAUAGCCCCAGAGGCUAUAUAUGUGGUAAAUACCCCUGCCAGAAUACAGAAAAAAGCGGGAGAAAGUCCGCCGAAAAGGGGUCGGGGCUUCUCCCUCAGCACACUGGCGCCAUUUCUCCCUCACAGUUCCGCUGGAAGGAAGCUCCCUGACUCUCCCCUGCAGUCUACACUACAGCAAAGGGUAAAAAAGAGAGGGGGGGCACAGAUUUGAGGCGCAGUAAAUAUUAUAGCAGCUAUAGGGGACAUAAUUCAGUUAGUCCCUGCAUUAUAUAGCGCUCUGGUGUGUGCUGGCAUACUCUCUCUCUGUCUCCCCAAAGGGCUUCUGUGGGGUCCUGUCUCCUUUAAGAGCAUUCCCUGUGUGUGUGUGCGGUGUGUUGGUACGGCUGUGUCGACAUGUUUGAUGAGGAGACUUAUGUGGAGGCGGAGCAGAUGCCUAUAAAUGUGAUGUCACCCCCUGCGGGGCAGACACCUGAGUGGAUGGACUUAUGGAAGGAAUUACGUGCAAGUGUCGACUCAUUACAUAAAAAAUUUGACGACAUGCCAAAUGCGGGACAGCCGGCUUCUCAGCUCGUGCCUGCCCAGGCAAUUCAAAGACCAUCAGGGGCUCUAAAACGCCCGCUACCUCAGAUGGCAGACACAGAUGUCGACACGGAUACUGAUACCAGUGUCGACGACGCUGAGUCAAAUUUAAUGUCCACUAGGGCCAUUCGUGGCAUGAUUGAGGCAAUGAAAGAGGUUUUACACCUUUCUGAUAUAAACCCAGGUACCUCAAAAAAGGGUAUUAUGUUUGGGGAGAAAAAACUUCCAAUAGUUUUUCCCCCAUCUGAAGAAUUGAAUGAAGUGUGUGAAGAAGCGUGGGCUUUCCCUGAUAAGAAAUUGGUGAUUUCAAAAAAAUUACUAAUGGCGUUCCCUUUCUCGCCAGAGGAUAGGUCACGUUGGGAAACUCCCCCUAGGGUGGAUAAAGCGCUCACACGUUUGUCUAAAAAGGUGGCACUACCGUCUCCGGAUACGGCCGCCCUAAAGGAACCUGCUGAUAGAAAGCAGGAGGUUAUCCUAAAGUCUAUAUAUAUACACACACUGGUGUUAUACUGAGACCAGCUAUUGCUUCAGCGUGGAUGUGCAGUGCUGCUGCUGCUUGGUCAGAUUCCCUGUCAGAAAAUAUUGACACCCUGGACAGGGACACUAUAUUGCUAACCGUAGAGCAUAUAAAAGACUCAGUCUUGUACAUGAGAGAUGCACAGAGGGAGAUCUGCCGGCUGGCAUCUAGAAUAAGUGCAUUGUCCAUUUCUGCUAGGAGAGGCUUAUGGACUCGGCAGUGGACAGGGAAUGCAGAUUCAAAAAGGCACAUGGAAGUUUUGCCAUAUAAGGGUGAGGAGUUAUUCGGGGAUGGUCUCUCAGACCUUGUUUCCACAGCAACAGCUGGGAAGUCAGCGUUUUUACCCCAUGUCCCCUCACAGCCUAAGAAAGCGCCGUACUAUCAGGUACAGUCCUUUCGACCCCAGAAAAACAGGCGGGGAAAAGGCGGGUCCUUUCUGUCUAGAGGCAGAGGAAGAGGAAAAAAGCUGCACCACGCAGCAGGUUCCCAGGAACCAAAGUCCUCCCCCGCUUCUUCCAAGUCCGCCGCAUGACGGUGGGGCUCCACAGGCGGAGCCAGGUAUGGUGGGGGGCCGCCUCAAAAAUUUCAGCGAUCAGUGGGUUCGCUCACGGGUGGAUCCCUGGAUCCUUCAAGUAGUAUCUCAGGGGUACAAGCUGGAAUUCGAGGCGCCUCCCCCCCGCCGUUUCCUCAAAUCGGCCUUACCAACAACUCCCUCGGGCAGGGAGGCUGUACUAGAGGCAAUUCACAAGCUGUAUUCCCAGCAGGUGAUAGUCAAAGUACCCCUACUUCAACAAGGACGGGGUUACUAUUCCACACUGUUUGUGGUACCGAAACCAGACGGUUCGGUGAGACCCAUUUUAAAUUUGAAAUCCUUGAACACUUACAUAAAAAGAUUCAAGUUCAAGAUGGAAUCGCUCAGGGCGGUUAUUGCAAGCCUGGACGAGGGGGAUUACAUGGUAUCCCUGGACAUCAAGGAUGCUUACCUGCAUGUCCCCAUUUAUCAUCCUCACCAGGAGUACCUCAGAUUUGUGGUACAGGAUUGCCAUUACCAAUUCCAGACUCUACCGUUUGGACUGUCCACGGCACCGAGGGUGUUUACCAAGGUAAUGGCAGAAAUGAUGAUACUCCUUCGAAAAAAGGGUGUUUUAAUUAUCCCGUACUUGGACGAUCUCCUAAUAAAGGCGAGGUCCAGGGAGCAGUUACUGGUCGGAGUAGCACUAUCUCGGGAAGUGCUACAACAGCAUGGCUGGAUUCUAAACAUUCCAAAGUCACAGCUGGUCCCUACGACACGCCUACUGUUCCUGGGGAUGGUUCUGGACACAGAACAGAAAAAAGUGUUUCUCCCGCAGGAGAAAGCCGAGGAGUUGUCAUCUCUAGUAAGAGACCUCCUAAAACCAAAACGGGUAUCUGUGCAUCACUGCACACGAGUCCUGGGAAAAAUGGUGGCUUCGUACGAAGCAAUUCCAUUCGGCAGGUUCCAUGCAAGGACCUUCCAGUGGGACCUCUUGGACAAGUGGUCGGGAUCGCAUCUUCAGAUGCAUCAACUGAUACCCUGGUCCUUGGAGACAGGGUUGUCUCUACUGUGGUGGCUACAGAGUGCUCAUCUUCUAGUGGGCCGCAGAUUCGGCAUACAGGACUGGGUCCUGGUGACCACAGAUGCCAGCCUUCGGGGCUGGGGCGCAGUCACACAGGGAAGAAAUUUCCAGGGUCUUUGGUCAAGUCAGGAGUCUCUCCACAUAAACAUUCUGGAACUGAGGGCCAUUUACAAUGCCCUAAGUCAGGCAAGGCCCCUGCUUCAAAACCAGCCGGUUCUGAUCCAAUCAGACAACAUCACGGCAGUCGCCCAUGUAAACCGACAGGGCGGCACAAGAAGCAGGGUGGCCAUGGCAGAAGCCACAAGGAUUCUCCGAUGGGCGGAAAAUCACGUACUAGCACUGUCAGCAGUGUUCAUUCCGGGAGUGGACAACUGGGAAGCAGACUUCCUCAGCAGGCACGACCUCCACCCGGGAGAGUGGGGACUUCAUCCAGAAGUCUUUCAAAUGAUUGUAAACCAGUGGGAAAAACCACAGGUGGACAUGAUGGCGUCCCGCCUAAACAAAAAGCUAGAAAAAUAUUGCGCCAGGUUGAGAGACCCGCAGGCGAUAGCUGUGGACGCGCUGGUAACACCGUGGGUGUACCGAUCGGUUUAUGUGUUCCCUCCUCUUCCUCUCAUACCAAAGGUACUGAGGAUAAUAAGGAGAAGAGGAGUAAGAACUAUACUCAUUGUUCCGGAUUGGCCGAGAAGAGCGUGGUAUCCGGAACUUCAAGAAAUGAUGUCAGAGGACUCAUGGCCUCUACCGCUCACAGGACCUGCUGCAGCAGGGGCCCUGUCUGUUCCAAGACUUACCGCGGCUGCGUUUGACGGCAUGGCGGUUGAACACCGGAUCCUGAAGGAAAAGGGCAUUCCGGAGGAAGUCAUUCCUACGCUGAUAAAAGCUAGGAAAGAAGUAACUGCAAACCAUUAUCACCGCAUAUGGCGAAAAUAUGUUGCGUGGUGUGAGGCCAGGAAGGCCCCUAUAGAGGAAUUUCAGCUGGGUCGUUUUCUGCACUUCCUACAGUCGGGAGUGACUAUGGGCCUAAAAUUGGGUUCCAUUAAGGUCCAGAUUUCGGCUCUGUCGAUUUUCUUCCAGAAAGAACUGGCUUCACUACCUGAAGUUCAGACUUUUGUAAAGGGAGUGCUUCAUAUUCAGCCCCCUUUUGUGCCUCCUGUGGCACCUUGGGAUCUCAAUGUGGUGUUGAGUUUCCUAAAAUCACAUUGGUUUGAACCACUUAAAACUGUGGAUCUGAAAUAUCUCACGUGGAAAGUGGUCAUGUUAUUGGCCUUGGCUUCGGCCAGGCGUGUGUCAGAAUUGGCGGCUUUGUCAUGUAAAAGCCCUUAUCUGAUUUUUCAUAUGGAUAGGGCAGAAUUGAGGACUCGUCCCCAGUUUCUCCCUAAGGUGGUAUCAGCUUUUCACUUGAACCAACCUAUUGUGGUGCCUGCGGCUACUAGGGACUUGGAGGAUUCCAAGUUACUGGACGAAAAUUUAUGUUUCCAGGACGGCUGGAGUCAGGAAAACUGACUCGCUUUUUAUCCUGUAUGCACCCAACAAAAUAGGUGCUCCUGCUUCUAAGCAGACUAUUGCUCGCUGGAUUUGUAGCACAAUUCAGCUGGCGCAUUCUGCGGCUGGAUUGCCGCAUCCUAAAUCAGUGAAAGCCCAUUCCAUGAGGAAGGUGGGCUCAUCUUGGGCGGCUGCCCGAGGGGUCUCGGCUUUACAACUUUGCCGAGCUGCAACUUGGUCAGGGGCAAACACGUUUGCUAAAUUCUACAAAUUUGAUACCCUGGCUGAGGAGGACCUUGAGUUCUCUCAUUCGGUGCUGCAGAGUCAUCCGCACUCUCCCGCCCGUUUGGGAGCUUUGGUAUAAUCCCCAUGGUCCUUACGGAGUCCCCAGCAUCCACUAGGACGUCAGAGAAAAUAAGAUUUUACUCACCGGUAAAUCUAUUUCUCGUAGUCCGUAGUGGAUGCUGGGCGCCCAUCCCAAGUGCGGAUUGUCUGCAACACUUGUAUAUAGUUAUUGCCUAACUAAAGGGUUAUUGUUGAGCCAUCUGUUGAGAGGCUCAGUUGUAUUUCAUACUGUUAACUGGGUUUAAUAUCACGAGUUGUACGGUGUGAUUGGUGUGGCUGGUAUGAGUUUUACCCGGGAUUCAAAAUCCUUCCUUAUUGUGUCAGCUCUUCCGGGCACAGUAUCCUAACUGAGGUCUGGAGGAGGGGCAUAGAGGGAGGAGCCAGUGCACACCAGGUAGUACCAAAUCUUUCUUUUAGUGUGCCCAGUCUCCUGCGGAGCCCGUCUAUUCCCCCAUGGUCCUUACGGAGUCCCCAGCAUCCACUACGGACUACGAGAAAUAGAUUUACCGGUGAGUAAAAUCUUAUUAUUUGCUGCUCAUGUAGACCCAGAGGUGUAAUGUACAGCCUAUUAGCACUUCAUGCUGAAAGAGCCUUGGCUUCCUAAGAUGUCCAUAGGUGACUCCCUCAAAAUAUGAAAUGUACCACUCCAGCAACCCCUGAUUUGUGAAAUGUUCCUUUGUGAGUCUUCAGAUUGCAACUUCUUUUUUUUCCUUUAGUGACAUGAUGUUGGUUUAUUUGUGUAAUCACCCAUCCCUUUAAUUUGCCCCGAUCGUUUUCACAGCACGUGGCGGAGUGGAUGAAGACAAAGCUCUCCACUCAUUGGUCUGUGGCACAAAUGAAAUGUGGAUUGAUGAAAGAAUGUCUGCAAGCUGUAAAUUAUUAAAAUAUUUUCUGAUACUUUG